AUGCAAUACCAACGUGACGCAUUCAAAAGCGGAACACAAGAAGGUCACUUCCCUCCAUUCAGUACGGAUGCAAGUAAAUUAGAAGCAUUGGCACAUGAACGUCUUUCACAAAAUGGUUGGUUGUAUGCUUCGAGUAAUGCAGGUUUAGGAACAACUCAUUCGGCCAAUCGAGAAGCAUUUAAUAAUUGGAAAAUUGUACCAAAGAUGCUUCAACCUAAUCAUGAACGUGAUACACGUACUCAACUAUUUGAAAAAACUUUAUCUGCCCCAAUCGCUUUUGCACCUAUUGGUAUAAACAAGAUUUAUCAUCAUCUUGGUGAAUUACCCGUUGCAAAAGUUGCAGGUGAAUUAGGUUUACCCUAUACACUUUCUACUGCUGGUUCUGUUCCUAUCGAAGAUGCAGCAAAGUCAAACGUGGUCGGCGCACAACAAGGUUAUAAUGAAGGAUUAGGAGCUCAAUACGGUGAUGGCUUGCGUUACUAUCAAUUGUACAUGCCACACGAUUGGGAAUUGGGAGCAAAUCUGUUGCAAAGAGCGGUCGAUAGCGGAUAUGAAGCAUGUAUCUUCACAGUUGAUACUUGGAGCUUAGGCUGGCGACACGAUGAUGUAGCAACGAGCAAUUACGCAUUCUACAAAGGAAUUGCCGCCGAUUUGGGUCUAAGUGACAAAGUGUUUAUGAAACGGAUGCGUGAACAAGGUAUCGAUAUGAACGAUUUGCCAAAGAUUGGAGAAAGAUGGGUAGACAGCUAUUGGCACGGCGUUCCAUGGGGUUGGGAUGAUUUACCAAAGAUUAUCAAACUUUGGAAAGAUAUCAGUGGUGGAAAGCCAUUCGGUGUAAAAGGUAUUCAAAGAGCAGAAGAUGCAGAACGAUGCAUCGAAGCAGGCUGUGAAAUUAUCUGGGUUACAAAUCAUGCCGGAAGACAAAUUGAUGGUGCGAUUGCAAGUUUGGACGCUCUACCUGCCAUUGCCGAAAAAGUGAAUGGAAGAGCAAAGAUUAUCUUUGAUUCGGGAGUACGUUCAGGAAGUGACAUUUUCAAAGCAUUAUGUUUAGGAGCAGAUGUCGUUGCUCUGGGUAGACAGUGGAUUUGGGGUCUAUCUAUUCAAGGUGAAGUUGGCGUUCGUCAUGUUAUGAAAGCUAUCUUGGCAGAAUUCGAUAUCGUGAUGAUGUUGGCAGGAGUAAAGUCUAUACAAGAAAUAAAGGAGAACGGAAAAGAUCUACUCAAGUAUAUGCCAAACGGCGUGGAUCUUGCUCUAGCAGCAAAAGCAAAGAUCUGA